AUGGAACUGAAUUCAGUUCAGUGGACUGUCAUUAAUUUUUCUUACGUCGCCUGCAGCUUUCACGGGGCUAUGAUCGAUCGCUACAUUGUGAGUGGCUCUGAGAAGGCAAAUCACUCCACAAUUGGGUCUUUUCCCGGAUGGAGCCGCGACCGCCUUGUCGGCGAAAAGUCUGCUUUGUCCGAUCACUCGGCGCCUUCGGGGGAUGUAGCUUGA